AUGGAGUCCGCAAGUGUUACGAAUAAUAUAAUCCACUAUCCUGUCUUUAUUUUCUUCGUCUUCACUAUAGAAUUCCGGCUCCUGCACCCGCCUAUCCACCUUAUGGAAUUCUUCCGGAGAACGAGCAGCAUAGUCUACCAUCUCACUACAACUGACCAAAUCCCAACAGCUAUGCCUCUAUCUCCGACAAUAAAGCAAAUUGAGGGUAAGCCAGGCCAGGUCUACCGCCCUUUACAACUCAAUGAAGUGCCCAAGCCUGUCCCGGGACCGGGGGAGGUCCUAGUCAAGAUCCACGCAGCCGCCUUGAAUCAUCGAGGCUUCUUCGUCCGGCAGCACCUAUAUCCUGGCAUAUCUUUCACAAGCCCGCUGCUCUGCGAUGGCUGCGGUACCAUCGUUGAGGUUGGUCCUGAUUGCACUGUAGCAGCUUCUACCAUGCUCAACAAGCUGGUCAUCUUGCUCCCUUGCCUGGGCUGGGAUUCCAAGUUCGACGGCCCUGAAGACAUGGCGAAAUAUGCGAUUAUUGGUACUUCGAAUCGAUACCCGCACGGCGCUGCACAAGACUACAUCGUAGUACAUGAGUCUGAAUGUGAAGCGACACUUACCCAUUGUACACAUCCACAGAUUUCGACCUUCAGCCGCGGCACAUCUAAUGCACCCCCACGGAUGAGUUUGGUAAUUGUUGGGGUAAGCAUCACUUGUUCAACACCCAUAUCAUUGAGAUGUCCAGCCAGGUCAGAGAGGAUAUCAUCCUGUGGUGCGAUACACAAAAUAGUACCACAUGAUAGGAUGGUGAAAACAUCAUAA